UUCUUUCUUUCUUUUCCACGUUUGUCUUCGGAGAAAGCAUCGCAUUUCGUCUUUUUUGGAAGAAAUAUGGAUACUUUCACCAACAUAAAAAACAUCUUGGUUAAAUUCUACGAUGAAUACACCCAGACGACCCCAAAGAAGCUCAAGAUAGUGGAUGCAUAUCUGUUUUAUAUCAUGUUAACGGGAAUUAUCCAGUUCGUGUAUUGUUGUCUUGUUGGGACCUUUCCAUUCAACUCAUUCCUGUCCGGUUUCAUCUCGUGCGUUGGAUCAUUUGUCUUAGGAGGUAAUGAUUAUUGAUUAUUAAUAUUUUUCUUUUACUUUAUUUUUCUAACGGCGCGUUUAGAAAAUCUGAGCGUUGCAACCUGAGCGUGUGACACGUAGAUUGUUAAUGUCGCGACACCUGGUGUGUGCUUAAAUGAAACGUAAUACUAAGCUGUUAAAAAAGGGCAAAAAUAUAUUGAUUUUAUCGUCAUCAGAAGUAAUAGAUAAAAGUGAUUUCAAUGUAAGAUUAAGUCUUGAAAAUGGCUGGAAAUUUUUGUGCCCAAAAUUUCAUUUGUAGCUUAGCAUUCACAAAGGAAGUAUCCUUGAGAAUUGAUUUUGAAAAUCUCAGGCAUCCUAAGAGGGUAUGGACUUAUGAUUUUAAAGGAGCCGUUGAAAGAAUAAGCUUUAGAAACAACGUUCUUUAUCUUAACAUGUAAACAUCUUGUCUUGAUUUGACCACUCUGCUGAUUCCCUGCCUUUUUGAUGCUUGAAGUGAUACUUACUUACUUACUUUGUACAUGUAGGAAAGUUAUGUUUUUUUUUUGGCUGAACUCUGGGAUCUGGGGUGAGCAGGCUUUGCUCAUACUUAGUUACUUUCUGUAUUUAAAGCUGUUGUGGUUUUUUAUUUCAGUUUGUCUUCGAGUGCAGUCCAACCCUGCAAACCUUUCAGAUUUCAAGGGUAUUUCACCAGAGAGGGCAUUUGCUGAUUUUAUCUUCGCUAGUGUCAUCCUUCAUCUAGUUGUGAUGAAUUUCAUUGGCUGA